CGCAGAGUGACGGAGAGUGAAAGCAGAUGGGGGAAGUUUACGGGCCGCAGAUUGUGUACAGUUUGUCAACAGGCUGAUUAAAUAGACUCAGACGUGGCCGGAGGAAACGUGUUUGCUGUGACAUUCCACUGUAUGGCAGAGGGGGGGGACACGUUCUGUCAACAACGCGACAUGACAGACAGAACGGCUGGGGGGGGCCAGAAGGGGGCAUCUGCUCUUUCUUUCUCACUUUUAUGUUCUUCUGUGUUUGUAUAAAACAUUGACAUUUUAUCUGCAUUUAAAUAGCUGGUAAAGUCCCUGGUAACUAUAAUCCAUCUGUACCCUGAAGAUAAUCCACAUGGCCCUCUUUGUACAAUAUUUGGCUUCAAUAUAACAUUUUUACAUUUGAGGGCACUUUACUCUCUCUACUUUAAUCUCCACUGGUUUUCGGUGGUUCAGCUGGUUUAUAUGCUGUUUUAUUCCACAAAUUAGAGAAGUUUAUUCCAGUAACUCAGUUUACUAAGCGUGAAGACUAAUUACACACAGAGUGAUGUUUUCAAGCCAUUAUUUCUGUUAAUUAUUAUGAUUUUCUGCUGACAGCUAAUUAAAACACAACACUAAGAUUACAUUACGCCAGACCAACAAAAAAUUUUUUUAUACAGAAAUGUGGGCUUGAUGUUGCAAAGUAGGUUUAAUGCCUGAUUAAAGGUUGUUAUUUCAGAACGCACAUCCUAACUUGCUGAAACUUUCUAAUGCCAGUUUUCAGUGAAUGUUAUCUGAAGGCACUGGAAAACACAAAUAGAUCUAAUUCAUAUCCAGCUGUAGAGAAUCAGUUUGGUGUAAAUUCAGACCUGGAUACAAGCAGUCAUGUGCAGUCACAUUCAGGUGAUCAUUUAAAGAUAAUGGGUAAAAAAAAAAAAAGUUGCCAACUAAGUGAGACUUUGAUUUGGCAGCGUUCUUUAAUCCUGAGCAAGAAAGUGGUCAUAGUGGAAAUGAAACGAUCCUUUUGAACAGGAAGAAACCUCCAGCACAACUAACAUCAGUGGGUGCAGCCAUCUGCUGCCAAAUAUGGAAGCACUGACCCAGGGGUACCUUUUAUGAGACAGCAAAACAAAGAGAGUACACGGGGCUAAUGGCAGCAAUUUUAAAGGAACUGAUGCUGCGCAAAAAACGUUGACAUGAACGAAUGCAUCACUCUUGACAAAUUUCACAACCAAUAAACGUUUUGCAAACGACGGCAUUUGCAACAGAAUAACAGAAGUUUGUUGAGAAAGGUAAAAAGAAAAAAAAAAAGGUUUUCAAAGCUGGCAAGAACCCAGUAUUCCUAAGUUCCGCUGACCUUCAGGAACUAGAACAAAAAAAAACUAUUUUAAGUCCUUAAAUUAAAACCACAACAAUAAACAAGAUUCAACAGCUGAGACGGUGGGUGAAAAAGAAGCAGUUGAAUGAAUAUUUGGUGUUUUAUAAAAAAAAAAAAAAAGAUACAAAUAUCAAACUUGAGUGUUACAAUGAGUGGUAAGCAUUAGAUAUCUUGAUUUAAAAAAUACUUUAACAUUUUAAGCAGGCUUCUUUCAUAAAAUCCAGAUAAACAUAGAAUGCCACAGAACUGAAAAUGUUUUUUUUUUGGAGUUCGUACAAUCAUCUAGAUCGCUGAAACCUAAAAGAUGAUCCAGUUUCUUGACCAGAGCUCUUUCUCCUUCUGGCUAAGAGCUCAUCCCUUCUUAACACAAAGAAGAAUCACAAAGCCGCAUUGGCUGAAACUGCUCAAAGUUCAUUGUGAAGAUUACAAAGAAACUGGCAAACUCAAUGGCGCCGUAGCCAUUUAGAUAUUUCCAUUAAGGCUGCUCUAUGUGUGACAUGUGCUCCAUUUUAUUCUUGCCUUGAAUAAAAUGGGGCAUCUUUGCUUAUAAAAUUAGGAAGAUGGAUAUUUUUCUUCAGUUAGGCCACUUUCUAAAUUAAUUUCUUAAUGAUAUAAUAAAGAUGUGACACAGUGCCCGAAAGGCAUCAUCAUUCAAACAUAAACUGAAAUAUUUAUGGAAUAGGUUAUAAACAAUAAUAUAAGAAGAAAUAAAACGACAGGAGCAAAGCAUUUACAGCAGGAAAUACAAAUUAAAAAUUAGGCAGAGCUUAAAUGGUUGAAUGGAAAAUGGGCCAAUGUGAAGCUACUUGUAAAAUAUAAAAUACUUUCAUCGGUAAAUAAAGAAAAACUUUAAACAAUCUUAAGAAAGCCAGCAAGAAAAUAUAGUUAUUCAAAAAUAAUAUUUAGAAAAUAGAAGUGACUACAGUCAGUGGACUUUACUGUAUGGCAGUUCUGUCUGAGAUAAAGUUUAUGUUUUUCAACAAAUUAAUAUGUAUCUUGUAAAUGUGAAUCCUGUGUGAGUAUGUCUGUUUUUUCUUUUCUGAUGGAAAAUUAAUUUUUUCUUGCCUACAUUUGGUAAUUGUUGACUCCACAGUUGUUAAGAUAAAUAAAACAGCAUUUUGAAGGGGACCACCGCUGACUGAAGAAUGCGCCUUGUCAUCACAAGUUUCCCCUGCGGGUGACAAGGAGGAGGAGGAGGAGAAGGCCGGAGAUGAAGGGAGGGAACGAAGGAGGACCCAGCUGGAACCUUCCUCUCUUAUCUGCCCUGGGGGAAAACAGGGGAGGAAAUGGGGGGUGAAAAGUUGGAUUACAGGGAGAUGUUCAGCGUCUCAGCCACGGAGGAGGCGUGCGGGAGAUGGGUGCUUUGCCCCGGUCGAGAGCGGGCCUCGUCCCGCUGCUGCUGAUCCCGCCGGUUCUCCGCGCCCUGCAGCUCCUCGUCGUGGCGCGUUUGUGGGAGAAGUAGAGGGACGGAGCUGUCGCCUUCAGCGUUAUCAGCAUAGAGCCGGAGAGGAGGUCAACGGGCAAGGCUCGGGGAGUCAGCUCCGGGAGAGCGGGAGCGGAGGAGGAGGUGAAGGAUGUGGAGCGAGCAUACGAGGAGUAAAACGAGAUGCACGAGCGCCAGGUGGGACCCAGAGCGAUGGAGAUGCAGCCAUGGGCAGUGAACGAGCCGUCCUUCUCAGCAGAACUCGGUCGCAUAUCACAAGGCCACAGCUGAACUGCUCCAGGAUUUUACCACCAGGGAAGGCCCAGGCAGUGGUGCCCCCCGUGGCUUCAGCUCGCUGGCUGCUGUGUGCCGAGGACUGGCUGCUUCCAGCUGUAGAUAGACUCUGCGUUGCCUACUCCUUCAGCAUGGAUGGAGGAGACGCAGACUUUCUGAGCACCGUCUCCAGACUCGGAUGCGAAGCCCACAGUUUUGAUCCCAGCACCUCCAGUGCAUCUGUUGGUCACCUUGGCAACAGUUUGGCCAGUAACCAUGGCAACAGGGGCGUCGUCAGCCAGCACAAAUUGUGGCUGGAGUGGCGAGCUCCGAAGAGGCGCAGGCACGGGGCGAGCGGCAGCCCCGGCGGAGCUGCUCACACACUGGCCGACAUCAUGGCAGCGCUGGGGCAUCACACCGUUGAUUUUUUGUAUGCUGACCUGUUAAGUGCUGAGUGGCGGCUUUUUCGGAACUGGAUCGAGGCGGGGACUCUGCAGAACAUUCAUCAUCUGGUCGCCACUGUGCACCUGCACUGGGCGGGCUUUGAGGUGGGGGGCAGCGACGAGGAGGUGCUCCGCUACUGGUUCAGUGUGCUGCGGGGCCUCGAGGCCGCUGGACUCCACCUGGUUCACAGCUCCUCAGGAGGGGAUCACGGUGUCCUGAAACACACUGUGGAAAGCGCUCACAGCUCCUGCACCCUCAGCUGGGUCAACACACGACACUGACACUCAACAAAUGCUGUUGUGGAGGGAAACACACAAGACUGAGAAUGUUUCGCCUAAAAAAUUAUGCUGUUCUGUGGAAAUAAAUGUGCCUUUCUUUUACCACAAAUUUCUUCAUCCAACACCGCCCUCUAGUGGAAGUUAAGGGAUUUACAUUGUACAACUGGAGAGGGAAAGAGACGUGUUCAUAAUACAAUGCUGACAAAAAUUACUCUCUAAUGGCGGGAAAAGGGAACAGUGGCUGAUGUUCUUUGUUCAGGUCAAAAUAAUGUGAUUCAAAGAAUAGAUUUUCUGCAAAUCUUGUAAUAAAAUACAGAACAGAAAUGUC